AAAGAAUUAAAUAUUUUCAAUUUAAAAAAUGAAUGAAGAUUCGGAAUUGUUAAAAAAGGAAGGCUGGAUAUUAAGCGAAUCCGGCUUAAAAACAAUCGAUUUAAAGGGCUCUGCAAGAAAGAAUAUUUCCAAAGUGUUAUUGGAUCGGGAUCUUCGAGAAAUUGGGGCUGGAAUAAGUGAUUUGCACAAAGGAAAAUUCGAAAAUAUUGAACACGAUUUGGUUGUGCUGCAAAUUCUUAAACUACGAAACAUAUCCGCACCAAAAUCCAAUGAGAUGUCUAAAACUGCUCCUAAAUUAAUGAAAUUACAAUUAACUGAUGGACAAAACACUUAUUCAGCGAUUGAAAUGGAACCGACUGCCUUAUCAUUAGAGACACGACCUGGCACAAAGAUUUCUCUCAAAGUCAAGCAACUUAAGUACGCAAAUGGUCAAUUACUGUUAACGCCAAAAAACAUGGAUAUUUUGGGUGGUUAUGUCGAAUCGUUAGUAUCCAAGUGGGAAAUAUCCAGAUCUCUUGCGACUCAAAUGAAAGGUAAUAGAAGUGGAACGGCGCCUCCAUUUAUUCCAUUUGGUCAGAAAAUCCAACAGAAUCUCCCUAAUGAUAGAAGUUUCAAAAGUCUCCAACAAAGCAAGACAAAAGACGGCGAAGAAAAUUCCGAAUUUAAUGCUCAACGACAAGAUGCUAUCGCCGAAGCAUCAAAAGCAGCGACACGUAAGACCUUUGGCGGUGGAAAUAAAACUCUUGUGGAUUCGAAUGUUCAAAAAGUAAUGGAUAAAGGAUAUUCGGAAGAGCAGGCAACUGUCGCAUUGAAAUAUGCAAAGAAUAAUGUCGAGAAGGCUUUAGGUAAUCUCAAAAGACGCGAUGAUCGGCAACAGCGUGCAAAUUCGCAUGAAUAUGAGCCUCGUGAAAGCACAAGAGAUUACAACAAUAAAAGAGGAGAUAGAAAGGGUGGAAAUAACAGUUCAGAACCGCCGUUAUCUAAGCCUUCAACUGGUGUCUCGCUUUUUGAUUUUCUUGAAAAUAAAAUUCCUGAAACGACAAGUACUACUACAAAUAUUAAUACUGCCAAAUCUUCGUCGUACGCUCAUAACAAUAAUAGUAAUAAUAAUGAGCGAUUCGAGAAUAACAUAUCAUCAAGCUUUCGUAAGCACGACAAGGAGAAUUCAAAUAAAUCUCAACAAUGGUCUCAGUAUUCUUCAUCAAAUGAACAGAAAUCUAGUCAAAAUUAUCAAAAGAAUUCAUAUAAUGCACGUAAUAAUGACUAUCGUAAUCAGGAAGGCAGUUCUAAGGAACACUCUCGUGAUUAUAAAGAUUACAGACAUAAAGAUUCACGUGAUGGUCCAAGAGAUAGAGAGAGGGACUCAAAGUAUCAAUCACAUCAGUCAUCGUACCAAUCAAGCAAUUAUUCAUCAAAACCAAAUACAACAUCUACAAAUGCGUACUCAAAAUCAUCUCAUUCUGCAAGUCAAAAGCCUUCUUCGUAUUCUACAUCAUCGAAUGCUGCUAAUAAUGGUUCGCAAAAUUCUUACAAUAAUUCAGCAAGCAACAAAGGCAAGUAUGGUGGAAAUAAGCCUGAAUAUAGCAGUGAGCAGAAGUCAGAUUAUCGUGGACAAAAGUCAGAUUACAGUGGACAGAAGCAUGAGUAUGGAAGUCAUAAGCCUGAAUAUAAUGGCAGCAAGCCCGACUAUAAUAACAGGGAUGGUGGAAAAAAUCCGUCUAAAGAUUACAAUAAGGAUUAUAAUAAGGAUUACCAUAAAGAUUAUAACAAGGAUUACAGCAAGGAUUAUAAUAAAGAUUAUAAUAAUUAUUCGUCAUCUGGUGCUAAUAACAGUAAUUAUAAUUCCAAAUACGACAAACCACCCAGAUCCAAUAAUAAUGUCUCAUCACAUAACAAUUCAUCAAGCAUGCCCCAUCAUCAACAUCAAUCGCAUUCUAAUGAUAUGUAUCAAAAGCCUCCGAGGAAUAUUGUUGAGUCUAUGGAAAAGAUGAAUCUUAAAGGAAAUCAUCAUCAGUCAUAUAAGUCGUACGAUUCAUCAUAUGAGUCAAAAUCGAGUUCCUAUCCACCAUUGGUAAGCACCAAUGAGACGAAGCAAAAUUACUCUAAAUCAAAUGCGCAGUCAAACUAUCCAAUUGUUGGUUUUCAAAGUAAGGAAGGAAAUGAGCAGGCUAAAAACGCUUUGAAGACAAAAAAUAUUCCAGGAAAUAUGCCACAAAAUUGGCAACAAAAACAACAACAACAACAGCAGCAACAAGCACCAGCACAACAGCCAACACCUCAACAAGUUCCAAUUCCUGUACCAGUGAUCUCUCAGCAAACAAUUAAGGGUCCACCACCACCAUUUUCUAAUAAUUCUGUUCCACAAAAUGCACCAAAUCAGGCACCGACUAUGCAUUCUAUACAACAACCACCACCUCAAUCAUUCGUACAGCAUCAAGUUAUGCAUGCUUUGCCACAGCCAACUGUCUUGGCAACUUCUAAUCCUCCACCAACUGUUUAUCAUGCGGCUCCGAUUUCUUAUCCAGGACAGAUUAUUAUGCAAAGUGUUCAACCACCACAAAUUCAGCAAGUUCCACCGCCACAACAAUUAAAAAUUGGUGAUUUAUGUUUGGCUAAAUAUUGGGAAGACGGAAAGUUCUACAACGCAAAAAUUACUGGCAAUAGCGACUCAACAUUCGUUGUUCUCUUCACCGAAUAUGGAAAUGCUGAGGAAGUUCGAAAGACAGAUUGUGUGCCACUAAUUUCUGUCCCAACAUGCCCAACACCGCCCAUAAAUAAUUUUGUUCAGCCACCACAAAUGGGCUCAUAUCGCAUUUCAUCGCAACAAAAAAUGCCUCCACCGCAUCAACAACAUAAUUAUCAUAGUCAACAAGGCAUGCCAUAUAAAGCAGCUGCUGGCAAGAAUCCAAGAAGGAACUAAAUUUUGAGUCAGACUGGAUAGACAAUUGUCUUGUCUCACAUUUUUUUUCAUCUUCUUUUUAUUCCUUUUUUGAAAGGAAAAGUUUGUUAAAUUGUAUUGCGACGAAUGGCUGAGACUAGACUCAAUUGUCAAUUUGUUCCUCGCGACUCUCAAUUUUUCUAUUUUAUAUUAAAAGCAUCGGAAAACAACCAAGAAGCAUUAAAUAGGUUCACUUCACUCACAUAAACACACACGAGAAGAGUUCUUUACACUUUCCAUUUAAUAAUAAAGAUUUAAAAUCCAAUGUUUUACCUUAAAGUUAUCACUAAAUGACAUCGUAUUGUUCAAAUAUGAUAAAUAAAAAAAUAAUUCUUCUAUUAAUAAUAUUAUUAUUAUUAUUUUUUGCAACAAAAUCGCUGGAAAGUGAUUUGUUUAUGAUGCUUAAUUUUACUUUCUUUUUGUGUAAAAUCAAAGAAAAAGGAAAACCAUAAAUAAAGUCAUUUGACC